AUGGCUAAGAAGCACGCCAAAAGAGCGCUGCAAGGCCCGCCGAAUAAUGGGCAAAAUAAGAAAACGAAGAUUUCCUUGAUCACAACCCCACCACCAGAUGGCCCCUUACCGCCAAAGACUCUUUAUGAUGUCGAGUUAACACAAGACGAUCUCGAAGUUAGUAUCGACACCCUCAAUACGCUUGCAGAGACCCCUAGCGUCAUUAAAUCAAAAGAUUGCAAGGGUUUACGCACUGCAGUAUUUAACUUUCGUAAUGCGUGUACAACUGGACUAAAUGCGACUGUUGACUCGAGUUUAAUAUCCCGCAUUGGCGGAGCAUUGGCAGACAAAGAUUACCUUGAAGCUCGAAUCCUUUUGGCAGAGAUGCGUAUACGAUGCCAAGCUCCAAAAUUAGGCGCUUUAUGUCGAUGGGUAAGGGACCUGGACGUUGUGAGUGGAUUGCAUGACCGGACCCAUGAGAUAGGUGCAAAGGGAAGCACAGAAAGAACACAGCUGCUCGAGGUUCUUGAUGCCGUUUUGCGAGCUACGGGCCCAGUGGACUAUACAAUCGAAGAACAUGUCGCUAUGGACGGACCCAUUGUUCUGAGAAAGGAUUGGAAUUUGAGAGGCACGAAACCAAGAGAGCAAACAUAUGCCUCCGUGCUGGAUCGCAGUAUCUUUCCUACACCCUGCGAUAUCACGUCUCGAUUCCGAAUCAUUGACACCACUCCCGGCCCUCAGCGAAAGCCCCCAAACCUCCACCCUGCAAUUCUGUACGCCUCCGAGAACGAUGCCAUAUCUCUCUCAACCAAAGCACCUAGAACCACACAUCACAAACACUCGAACGUCCCAAAUUUGCAUCUAUUAAAAGAUGUACUGACGUCUGAAGAAUGCAGACACAUCAUCGGUGCGGCCGAGGUGAUGGGCUUCACACCUGAUGCACCAAUUCGUGCACUGGGAGAGCAGAGUAGUGUUUUAGCCCACAAUUUCUACUGGAUCGUCGACACUUUAUUUUGUGCUGGACUGUGGAAGAGGGUUCAAUCCUUCGUUCCAGCAGUAUUUCAUGGAAAACAUGUGCGAGGCUUGAACAGACGCUUUAGGGUCUACAGAUAUGUUCCUGGUGCCGAAUACCGUGCUCAUAUAGACGGGGCCUGGCCUCCAUCAUCGAUCGAUCCAUCUACCGAUAAGUACAUCUACGACGCUUCCCCUCCGCACUCCAAGCAGUCCUCACUUUUCACAUUCCUGAUCUAUCUGAACGACGAAUUUGAGGGUGGCGAGACAACCUUUUUCUUACCAAGUGCACGAGAAGGGUGUAUGAACGCGUAUCCCAUAAAACCGGUUCAGGGGACUGUGGUUCUGUUUCCCCAUGGUGAAACCGAAGGCAGUCUUCUUCACGAAGGCACAGGGGUACAGCAAGGCUCGGCCCCGUCCGCAAAGUACGUGAUUCGUACAGACGUACUGUACGACUUUGCCCCAAAUUCUCGAUAA